AUGGGAAACAGAGCAUCUGCAAGUCAUUUAUCUGCUAGCAGUGGAGAUAAAACUCAAGCUACUGGGGGAUCAACGCUGUAUGAAUUGGCUGAUCUACAUGGUGGUGGCAAAAUAAUCGAUCAAUUUAGAUUAAUUUAUCAAAGUGAUGAUCCGUUAACACAAAGUAAUUUUAAUCAAUUCCUUCGCAACACUAUAAAACCUUUUCUGUACAAUGAUGGUCAUGGAAAACUGGUGCCUGUAUCAACUCUCGUUGAAGAACGUGAAAAUUAUCGCCUUGGUGGUGUUCGAAAAACUAAAAGAAAAUUGUUGCAAUAUAAGAAAUACUACAGUAUGACUCAAAUAAUUAAGGAUCAGCACGACAUUGAUCCAGGAUCAUUAGAACACGAUGAACAUGGUAAUCCGUGCCGAUUAGUUUGUUGGGAUAUUGCUAGGCGAGGAAGUGUUGGCGAAAACAUCGUACAUCUUUGUCUUCUUUUAAACAACCCUUUCCAUACGGAUCUAGCUCGGCGAAUAAUUGCAGUGUUUCCUAAGUUGGCCAUGGAUAUCUACCUAGGUGACGAGUAUUACGGUGAAGGACCUUUACAUAUGGCAAUAGUUAAUCGCGAUUUCUUUCUGGCCAAAUUUCUAAUCGAUCUAAAUGCUCCUGUUAAUGAAAUUGCCUGUGGUAAAUUCUUUUUUCCAGAAGAUCAAAAAAUGAAAAGAGUUAGCAAUACAAAUUAUGAAUAUGUCACGGUGGCUGAUGAUGAGACCGAUUAUGAAGGCUUCGCCUAUUAUGGUGAAUACCCCUUAGCCUUUGCCGCUUGUUUAGAAGAGAUGGAUAUAUGUAAACUAUUAAUAAGGCAUGGAGCCUAUAUUAAUGCCAAAGAUGCUAACGGAAAUUCUGUUGCUCAUUUGACUGUAAUCCGUAACUUGCCAGAAAUGUUUGACUUCGCACUAGAGCACGGUGCUGAUAUUUAUGCAAAGAAUAAUCGUGGUUACAAUUGUUUAACACUAGCUGCGAAGAUGGGCAAUAAAGAGAUGGUAAAACAUAUAUUAGAACUUGAGCGCAAGCCGUAUUGGACAUUUGGUGAAGUUUCUUGUGCAGCCUAUCCGCUAAGUAGCUUAGAUACGAUAGACACGGAAUCUGGAUUGGAAGGAUCUAUUGAUCGUAAAUCUGUUUUAAAUAUUGUAGUAACGAGUGACAAUCCGCGACAUCUAGAUCUACUUGAUGGUCUUAUUGUAGAAAUACUAGAACAAAAAUGGGCGCUAUUUGCAAGAAAGAAAUUUUAUCAACAUUUAAUCACCUACAUCGUGUACCUAAUCAUUUUUAAUGCCGCUUUUAUUCUGAGGCCACCUUUUCAACCGGAUCCUGGAACAUCUCAUUGUGUCGCAAGAAACGAUACACGACGAGACUACUUCCUAUGCCCAAGAGUUGCUAAUGGAGCAAGUAAAGUGAUCGAUUCCAAAGAUAUAGGCAGAUUAAUAUUAGAAUUACUUACUGCAGGAGGCAGUUUAGGAUACCUUGGAAGCUUGAUAAUAGACUUUAAUCGUCAAGGAUUUCAUAUUGUGUUUCAAAGUUUGGUCAAUGCACCUACUAGAUUUCUGUUCCUGUUGUCGUGUGCCUUGGUAACUAUUUCUAUACCUGGAUUAUUUAUAUGUGCCCUAACACGAGGAUUUAGGCUAGUUGGCCCAUUCGUUCUAAUGAUCGGAAAAAUGAUCAAGGGAGAUCUAUUAAAAUUUAUGCUAUUGUAUUUGAUAUUCUUGAUAGCAUUUUCUCAAGCUAUGGUAGUUUCAUUCGCCGGCACAGGGGGAAGUCGAAUGUUUCUCAAUAGUCCUCUUCGGGCUAUAGAAGGAAUGUUUAUACUAUCUUUAGGAGAAUUUGAGGAAAUAGAGCCUGAAUUUGACAAAGCGCCCCAUCCUAUCUUUGUGAAGAUUUUAUUUGUUUUCUACGUCGUUAUCGCUAAUGUACUAUUAGUCAAUAUGUUAAUUGCAAUGAUGGGAAAAACGUAUGAAACAACGGUUGAAACACGCAAAGAAUGGAAAAGACAGUGGGCUCAAACUGUACUGGUUAUUGAAACCUCAAUUAAACCCAAACAACGUUUACAAUAUCAAGAAAAAUAUUCUGAAGCAUUAGGAGAUGGUCACGACGGUCGGGCUGUUGUAAUGAGGUGGCAGCAUGACGAGAUAGAAAAGAAAAGAGAUCAUAAGAGAAAAAUUCGAAAAUUAAAUGAAUUAGCAGAUUUAUUAUACAAAAAGGACCUAGAAAAGAGAAAGAAUAACAAGAUAGCAAAUACAAUAAGAAAUGCCAUAAAUAAAGGAAAAACUAAACCGCCAACCUCAAAUCUCGAAUCGAUUCGUGGCAAAAAUCUCGAAAUGAAGAAUAAACGUGCAGACAUCUUGGCGACUGUUACGAAUCCUGGUAUGAUUUUACAGGCGACAACGCGUGCUGGAGGCAGCCGCCCAGUCUCUCCACAGCAAAAUGAAAAUACGGAUAAUGACGCAUCGCAUCAAAUUGUAAACCCAGAAGAAGAAUAA